AAAAUGUAAAACCUUUAUUCUCCUCGAACUGUGAUCAUCCUUUAUUCUUCUGAUGUCAUUAUAUUCUCCUCGCACUAUAGAUCUAUUUCCACCAAGAAACCAAAAUUACCCAUAUGCAUAGUUGAACUGAACCCUAAUUUUCCAAACGUCAAUUUUAAUCUUCAUUUUUCUCUCCAGCCAAAUUACAGUUUCAAGUUUUGUUCUUAUGCUCUCAAACUCCGUGCCACCAAGAAGCAGCAAAAUUCAACACCUGUGCUCUGUUUUCGGCUUAGAUCUGUUUCCUUCCAACACUUGUCCAGAGCCAAAGCUUCAAGCUUUUUCUAUAUUUUUCUCCUCUUCAAUUACCAUACCAUAUAAAUAUACAGAUAAAGAAAUGGGGUCUUUGUUGAGUUCACCGAAAACGAAAGAACAGAUGGAAGCAGCGUUGAAUAAGGUUAAGGAUAUAGUAUCCUCUUCCCCUGUUGUUGUCUUCAGUAAGACAUACUGUGGUUACUGCAAGCGGGUCAAAGAUCUGUUCCAACAGCUUGGAGCAUCCUACAAGGUUGUUGAAUUGGACACAGAAAGUGAUGGAGGUGAUAUUCAUUCAGCUUUAAUCGAGUGGACAGGGCUUAGGACUGUGCCUAACGUGUUUAUUGGAGGAAAGCACAUUGGUGGUUGUGAUACUGUUUUGGAGAAAUACAAAACAAAACAACUGGUUCCUCUUCUGAAUGAUGCUGGGGCAAUUGCCAAUAACUCUGCUCAACUGUGAACAACUAUGUUUAGGAACAAAACAUUUUCUAAAAUAAGAUGAAAUAUGGAGAAAGCAUAUACUAAAAUUUCUAGCUUUACUUCGUAUCAAUAUCAUGCUCCACGAGAAUAAGUGAUGGCUCAAAUUAUGUGAAAUAAGACCAUCUUAUCAUAUCAUGCAUGUAUCAUCAAAGUUGAAACAUUAUUACGUGUGUGAUUUCUCUAAGUGAUUAGUUAUAGAGCUUAACCGUCACUGGAGAGGUUGCAUGUUAAUGAAAUUUGUUCAAACACA